UUCUGUUCUUGCUUAGUAUUAUUAUUAUUAUUUUCAUUUUUAAUGAUUUUUAAAAAGUUAUUAAAUAAAACACUUGGAAAAAAUAAUGGUCAAGAACCAAGAUCACAAAAUAGUACCUCGAAAAUAAAUAUGGAUCUUGUUUCCAAUGAACUUCUUUCACGUCAUUUCUCACCAUUACCUAUAAGAGCAUUAUCGCCUUCUGAUGUACUUGAUUUUGUUGGAUAUCCUAUGGUAGCAAGAAUGAUAGGUCAACAACAACGACUAUUAGACAAUGAGUCUAUUUCUCGUGAUUGUCAUUCACGAGAUCAAAAUAGAAAUGCAUUUUUAUUAAAAGAACCAUCAUCACCCAAUAAACAACCAAGCAUUAUAACUGACAAUACUGCAUUGUCAUCAUUACCGAAAAUAAUUCAGCAACAAGUGAAUGAAAAUCAUCAUCAUCAUGACGGUAUUCCUGUUACUACUACUAUUACUGCUGCUGCUGCUGCUGAAAAAGAAGAAGAUAAAAUAUUAAUAGAACAAAAUAACUCAGAAGACGAUGAAAUUAAAAAGCUAAACAAAAAAAUAACUGAGCUUGAACGACAAAUACAAUUUUGGCGAGGGAUAGUAGGGAAUAUGAAAAAAGAAGAAGAAGAAAGUGAUCCUAACAUACAACAACAAGAGCAAUCACUACAGUUACCUAAGCAAAGAAAAAGAAAGCAGUCAGAGAUUCAACAAAGAAGGAAACCUUAUCGAUACUAUUCUACUACUACUACUACUACUGCUGCUGCUGCUGUUGCUGCUUCUUCUUCUUCCUCUUCUUCCUCUUCCUCCUCCUCCUCCUCUUCUUCUUCUCCUCUAAAUAGUGCAGCAGUUAUAGAUAAACAUCCUUAUUAUGUGAUACCUAUGCAUAAUAACUUAUACUACAAUGAUUAUGAAGACUAUUUUUAUUAUAAUAAGCGAAACAGUAGAUUUCAACAUGCAGUAGUGGCCAUGAAAGAUAAUGAUUAUAAUGAUUAUUAUCAUUAUUAUUACUAUUAUUAUCAUUAUUAUUUACCACAGCAGGUAUUUAAUAGAAGAAUGAAUAGAGUAAAAAGCAAUUAUUAUAGUCGUCAUAUUAUAAACAAUUAUAAUAAUAAUUAUUAUUAUUAUUAGAAAAAAAAAUAGAAUAAAAUUUAUGGGGCAGUAGUAGAAGAAAACACGUAUUAUUAAUGCGGAUUCUUUUCCCAGUUUAGAAGGAUUACCGCGGUCAAUGAAAUUUUUGUACUGCUUUAAUCUUAUACCUACUAUGAC